UGCCAUUAAUAGUCUAAAGGUCAAAGUAGAUAAUAACUUAUUAAGAGACAAGAUCCGUUAGUCUACUCACUUUCCUUCCUAGGCCCUAGCCCUGCCUCUGAUCUAAAACAAACUAGACAAGAACGCCAGCUCAAGAUCAAGAAUAGAGCAAUGGCUAGUCCGGAGUAUACCACAAUGAUAGAAUGUACAGUGGAGCUCACAGAGGACUUUGGGAACAAUCUACAAGAGAUAGCGAGCCUCCUCCACUCGAAACAUCUCAUCUCCCCCUCAGUCAAGGAACAAGCACUUCACUCGAACCACGAACUACCGACUAUGAGAGCAAACAAACUGGUAUCAGUAUUGACAAGCAGAGUUCAGAUACAGCCUGAGGCAUUCGAGCAAAUCAUAGAACUCAUGGAUCCGAGAUACUUCAGUUUGUCUCUGGCCGCUCUUAAAAGACAGUACAAACAAAAUAGUGGUAAGGACCUAAAGCUGCCAACUGCACCAAGCAACCCCACCACCCCACAAAAUGGCUACCACCACCAAGCACCACCUGGAACUGCACCUGAAAUGCAUCCCCCCCACCACCCAACGUACCACAAUCAGACUAAUGCCUACGAAGUCGCUAAUAAUGCAAAACAAGUUCUCAAACGCACAGAUUUUUAUAACGACGUACCUGGAGGACAAGGCUCAAGUAACUUUUUAAAUCCUCGUUUUGAAGACGGGACAACGUACCAGCACGACCAAUUAUCACAUUACACGACCCCUGCAACCACACGUCCGACAGAGUACCACACCGCGAGGGAGACUAACACACCCUCAGGGGAUACUACGAAUACCGCCCCCACUCUCGACUCAGUACCAGAUGCAGAUGAACUAUUGUGGCUCGAGGGGAACGGUAUAUCUGUGCGACUAAUCGCUCGAGUGGCUUCCGAGUGGGAAGAUGUUGCACUCAACCUCGGAAUACAGCGAUACGUAUUGAGGGCUAUAAAACGUGAUUAUACAAAGUGUGAAGAUGCGUGUACGAACAUGUUUCAGCGAUGGCUAUUGGGAGAUGGGAAGGGACCUCGUACCUGGGGGCGGGUGUUGACGGCACUCGAGGGGAUUAACGACAAUGAAACGGCGUACUUGAUUAGACAAGUGCUCGGGGAACACUCUCACUGAUGGAUUGAUGUCAACUGUCGACUGUUUUAGUGUCGUUUGUGCUCAUUUUGUCCGAUUUUGAUGUACAGUGCUCGGUAUAAUUAUAGUAUUAAUGGCCGAUCAUA